CUUGUCCAGAGAAACACCCUCAGCUGGGAAGUCAGUUCUUUACUCUCGUCUCUUGUUUAAACAUGGUGCGGACUAAAGCAGACAGUGUCCCAGGCACCUAUAGAAAAGUGGUGGCUUCUCGAGCUCCUAGGAAGGUGCUUGGCUCCUCCACCUCUGCCACCAAUUCUACGACGCUUUCGUCGAGGAAAGCUGAAAAUAAGUAUGCAGGAGGGAAUCCAGUUUGUGUUCGCCCAACUCCCAAGUGGCAAAAAGGAAUUGGCGAAUUCUUCAGGCUGUCCCCUAAAGAUUCUGAAAAAGAGAAUCAGAUUCCUGAAGAGGCAGGAAGCAGUGGCUUAGGAAAAGCAAAGAGAAAAGCAUGUCCUUUGCAACCUGAUCCCACAGAUGAUGAAAAAGAAUAGAACUUUCUUAUUCAUCUUUGAAUAAUGUCUCCUGUUUACUCUGGUAUUCUAGGAUGUAAAUUUGCAUAAAUGUUCGUUCCAAUUAGCUUUGUUGAAUAGGCAUUCGCACUUAAUUUAAAAAAUUAGGCUUAAAUUUGGUUGUUCAAAAGUAAAUAGUUAUGAAAUUGGAGAAUUUGUAAGAUUAAUUGUGAUUUUUUAGCUUAGUAUUCAAUAUAAUGCA